AUGGUCUGCAAGACGCGCAGACCAGCCCGGGUGCUGGUCAUCAACCCCAACACGAGCGCCUCCCUUACCAAAAACUUCGAACCGGUUCUCGCCAGCCUCAGCUUGCCCGACACGACGCUCACAUACUGGACGUGUCCGACGGGCCCAUCGCUCAUCAAGACACAAGCCGACAUGUACGAAAGCGCAUCGCACUGCAUACCCCUGCUCCGCGCCAUGGCAGACGACUUUGACGGGUUCCUGGGAGCGUGCUACGCCGAUCACCCUGUCGUCCGCCUGCUGCAGUCAUACGUUGGCAGCAAGCCCGUCGUGGGCAUCUUUGACGCGAGCAUACUGGCAGCCCUGCAGCUCGUGGGCCCGAGCACGAGGUUCGGCAUUGUGACGACGGGUGUGGCGUACGAAGAGCUGCUAUACGAAGGCGUCAAGCACUUGCUGCGACGCGACAAGGAGGUGUUUGCCAAGUUCGGAGGUGUUGCAGCGUCGGGAGUCGGCCUGAUGGACCUUCAACCAGGGUCGGAAGCUGGCGCUCGAGAGAAGGUUAUGGAUGCCACGUGCCGGCUCUUGGCGACAAAAGAAGGCGAGGACAACAUCGAGGUCGUUAGUAUGGGCGGCGUCAUCCUCUCGGGGAUGGAACCCUGGGUUCACGAAGGCAGCGAGCUCGCAUUGGGUGUCGAAGCCGGCAGGAGGAUCAAGGUCAUCGACCAGCUGCUCGCAGGCCUGCUGACGCUUGACGCUCUUCUCCAAGGUAAAUCGAUACGAUCGGUAGACUAUAGCCAAGUAUUGAGGUGA